AUGUGGGGUGAACAGCAGAAAGCAGAAUCAGAACCAAAGGCAGUACCCUCUCCAAUGGUAUUAUCUGUUGAUUUGCAUUGUAUUGGAUGUGCCAAAAAGAUUGAGAAAUCCCUUUUGCAAAUUAGAGGAGUUGCUGGAGUGAAGGUAGACAUGGUGAAGAAUCAAGUGACAGUAAAAGGAGUGGUAGAGCCAGAAGCAGUUUGUAACAAGAUAAUGGAGAAAAUAAAGACAAGUGCCAAGGUUUUGUCCCCAGUUCCUGUUCCUGAUCCUGAUCCUGAUCCUGAUCCUGAAAAAGUAGUCGAUUCUGAUCAUGGAUGCAGUAGUCAUGAUGUUGAAUUGAACGUGAACAUGCACUGUGAAGCUUGUGCCCAACAACUGAGGCGCAAGAUCCUAAAGAUGAAAGGGGUGAGUAAAGUGGAGACAGAAGUAAGGUGUGGUAAAGUGAGGGUGAUGGGAACUAUGGAUGGUAAGAAACUGGUGGAAUACGUGUAUAGGCGCACCAAAAAGCAAGCCAAAAUUGUGCCACACCCUCAGCCUCACAAGGCUAAAGAAGAAGGAGAAGUAGUAGAGAAAGAAGAUGAGAAGGAUGGUGAUGAAGAAAGAAUGAUGCCUGCAGUUAAUUACUUGAUGAUGCCAGCUCCACAACUCUUCUCAGAUGAGAAUCCUAAUGCAUGUUGCAUAUCUUAA